GGAGAGUCUGCGACGAGCGGCUUCGGCCCCGCCCCCAGCUCUGGCUCGGGGUCUCGCGUCCCGGGAGAGGUGAGUCGGUAGCAGGUGGAUGUGCGGUAUGAGGCCUCUUCAGACGUUGCUGUCACAGGCGCCACCCCAGGCUCGCACCCGGCCGCGUAGCUGAGCCGCGCGCAGAAGUGCUGCAGAUUCGCCAAGCCCGGGGCCAGCUGGGGCGCGGAGCCGGAGCAGGGCGCCCUCGAAGGCCGGAGCAGCGGGGCCUCGGAGCCUCAGGGACGAGCAGCUGCCGCGCCUCGGUGUACGCUGCUCGCCAGCAGAAGACUUCCUCUAACUUCCAUCCCCCGGUGUGCGCCGUGGCCAGCCUGGGCUCACCCUGUAGCGCCUGGCGAGAUGCUCGAGGUCGGCGUAUGGAGGAUGUGGGGGAGCUGGUGCAGGGUACCUGGAUGACAACUUGAACUUUUCCGAGGGAUUCCCGCCAGCCUGUCACUUCAGGUUGCGCGUUUCCUCUGAGACCUCGUGUGCUUGUCACUGAAAUAAAAGCAUGUUUUCCCCAGUUUCCUUUUAGGAUAUUGUGACUUUUCUCCUUCGUAAGGAAGGUGAAGAAACUGGCAGAAGAACAAACUCUUCCCUCUACCAAGGACUGUGUCGUCUUCAGCAGUCUGGGGUCAAGGCUGGCGAAUGAGAAGGUGCUGCCUGCUUCCCUCCCUAACAUUCUCAGAGAAGCUUCGUUUCUAGCAUCCUUCUAGCAUUCAGGGCCAUGAUCCCGAAGGCUUGAGCUGUUUACGAGGAGAGAGAAGCUGUCUCCUGAGCCCCACAAUGGCGGCUAAGAUGGAGAUCACUUUGAACUCGCAGUGCCACAUUCAGGCUUCCUCCAAGCAAGAGAGACAUAUAAUAGGAAAGCUCGAAGAGAAGCGAGAGCCCGCCCAGCAAAAAGACUGGCCCGAUCCCGAGCUCUCCCGCCAGAGUUUUAGACGGUUUUGUUAUCAAGAGGCGUCUGGACCCCAAGAGGCACUCUCGCGGCUCCGGCAGCUCUGUCGUCAGUGGUUGCAGCCCGAGGUGCACACCAAGGAGCAGAUUUUGGAGCUACUGGUGGUGGAGCAGUUUUUGAACAUCCUGCCCCCCGAGAUCCAGGCUCGAGCCAGGCGUCGAUGUCCAGUGAGCAGCAAGGAGAUUGUGACCCUGGUGGAAGAUUUUCACAGAGCAGCCAAGGGACCAAAGCAGUGGGUGGCUGUUUGCAUGGAGGGCCAGAAGGUGCUCUUGGAGAAAACUGGAUCCCAGCUUGGAGAACAGGAACUGCCAGACUUUCAACCCCAGACUCCUAGGAGACAUCCCAGGGAGAGCCCUCUGGAGGAGACUUCCCAGGAAGGGUCUCAGGAUCAGCGGAGCCCCCAUCCUCGGGAAAAAUCCCCGCUCCUCCAAGAACCAGCCCCCAAACUGGCUGGGAUAGAGGCCCCCAGAAUGAAAAGUGACAACAAGGAAAAUCCACAGCAGGAGGGGGCUAAAGGAGCAAAGCCAUGCACCCUGUCAGCAGGCAGACCCAAAGGGAAUGGCCUGCAGAGUCCUGAACCCAGAGGGGCGACUGUGAGUGAGCUCCGGUUGUCACGGAGGCAGGUCAGCCCCUCGAAUGCUCCAAAGCCGUUUGCUCACUACCAGAGACAUUGUCGGGAGCUGGACUUCAUCAGCAGCCCCCUGAAAAGCCACCCACUGCGAGAGCUGAAGAAAAGCAAGGGGAGCCGAAGAAGCCUGAGCAGCCGUUUGCAGCGCCUUGGUCACCAGCCGGCCCACUCAGCCAAGAAACCUUACAAAUGCGAUGACUGUGGGAAAAGCUUCACAUGGAACUCCGAGCUGAAAAGGCACAAGCGAGUGCACACAGGGGAGAGGCCCUACACCUGCGGGGAGUGCGGCAACUGCUUCGGGCGGCAGUCCACCCUGAAGCUGCACCAGAGGAUCCACACUGGGGAGAAGCCCUACCAGUGCGGCCAGUGUGGGAAAAGCUUCCGCCAGAGCUCGAACCUCCACCAGCAUCACAGGCUCCACCACGGCGACUGAGAGCAGGGCUUCCCUCUCAGCUCACAAGGAAGGUCCUUGCGUUUGUCCUCCCCUCGCUUGCAUGAACAUCACAGAGACUUCCAGCCCGACCCAGAAGGAAAGCCAGAGGCCCCCAGGGGCCAUGGGGCAUGCCAGGCUGGUGAGCAGCCCGGAGACGGGCUGACGGGGACACUGACCUGUUCAGCAGUGGGGGAAGAGCUGGCAGUCUGGGCUCUGGGUCAGAGGCCCCAGGGAGGCAGGACUGAGGGAGCCUCGGGGCCGAUCCUGCAGGUCUCGCCCGCCUUGGCUGCUUCAUUUAUCCUCUCCGUGUGUUCACGGGUAAAUUCCACACAGAGUAAUGCACUUGCUGUCCCAGCAGACCGUCUCUGUCACGUAUACACUCCUUUAAUAAAGACGAGUGAUCGCAAGAAUUUCAA